AUGGAAUCUGUUGCAAAAGCGCGGGAACGCUUAGCAAAAUAUCCAGUUAUAUUCGCGAAGUGCUCCAAACAGAGCGUACUGUAUGCUCGGUGUGUACUGUUUAAAGAAGACUCCGUUAAAAAGGACGAUUGUGCUAAAGAGUUCAAAGAAUUUAGUGCUUGCUUGCAAUCCGUUGCGAAGGAAAUGAAAACCAGAAUUUAA